AUGGAUCUCUCAUCGCCAUGGCCGGAAGAUGCUGAUCCGCGUUCCAGCGCGUCGGAGCAGCUGUCCAAACCUCCCUCUCUCCUUCCGGCCUUCGAGCCGUUCUCCUCCUCUCCACCGCACCGUCCAUCCCUCAAGCGAAAGCUGGAUGGCUCCCCCAACCAGUCCAAGGCCACGUCGAGGUUCUAUCCCACCCCCAUCCCAACCUCGUCCACCGGAAUCCUCCCCUCGUCCCCCGACCGUCCCGCCCUGCAACGCACCGUCUCGACGCUCUCCGAACGUGCUCCGUUGAGCACCGUGCCCGACGUGAAACUCCCCGCCGACGGGCAACCCGUCCUGCUCGGACGGUCGAGCAACUCGUCCAACUUCCAGCUCUCGUCCAAUCGCGUCAUUUCCCGCGUCCACGUCCGGGUUCGAUAUCGAAGCCCGACACCCUCCAAAUCCUCGGGCGAGGUGACGAUCGAAUGUCUGGGGUGGAACGGAGUGAAGGUGCACUGCGGCGGACGCGCCGUGGAUUUGAAGAAAGGAGAGGAGUUUUGCUCCGACGACCCAUCCCAGGACAUCCUCCUCGACGUGCAUGACUCUCGCGUGUUUCUGUCGUGGCCCACGUCCGACCGCUCGAGGCCGGCAUCCACCAGUUCGGACGAGUCCGCCUCCGAUACGCCCUCGCCGUCCCAACGCCAUCGACCCCAGACCAUUCCGUCCAGCCCUCCUGCCGUGGAUGACCUUCUCAAAAGCCGAAGUCGAUCAUCGCAACGGUCUUCCCAUCACGAGACGUUUCGCAUCUCGGACCUUUCCAGCCAACUGUCCGAGCAUCAGAACGCAAUCAAGGUCUACGAGGACCCGGACUCGGAGCAGCUCGAUGGCCGUGCGGCCGAAAGCAAUCUCGCCACUCCGACUCGGAGCCGUGAGCAGCGCCGAUCAUCGCAACCGAAGUUGGCCAAGUCCUUGGACGACUUGUCGGAUCACAAUGAAGAGAACGAUCCGGUGGUUCACUCGUUUGGCCCCUUUGGGGAAAACAUCCUCCCUCGGUUCGCGUCGUUCAAUACCUCGCACAGCCCUCGGCAACCGUCGCAGACGCGGACGAAAACCCCGUUGAAACCUCCGUCGCAACCGGUGCAUGGUUCUCCGUCACGAUUUCAUGUGUCUCCCAUCAAGAACCAUGUGGUCAAUCAACUAGCCUUCUCGCGUUUGCAUUCCGUCCCCUUGUCCACCAUCUUCGGCAAUCUCCCGGACGAGCUGAAGAGGAUCCGAUCGUCGCGGGCGAAAGACGGCGCCAGCACCAGCCUUCUCGCUCUUCUCAACGGCAUCCCGAGUGUCGGGGAGAUCCCGCGGGAGGGCAAAGAUGCCGCCGGGAAGCCGCUGGAAACCGAAUUCUACUACGUCCCGGAGCUAGACGACAACGAUACGAGGCGGGAUGCCGUGCUGGGAAGUCGUGGGGGUACGGGACUGCGAUCGGUUCGCCGGACGCACAAGCAAUACUACUGGAAGAAGCCGCGUCACUAA